UUAAGUGCACGGUUGGACAAGCUACCGUCCUCAAGAAUGUUUCUCUGGUGGCGUACUGGACGCCGUGAUCUCCAUCAAAAGACUCUAUCUUCAUCUCGCUCGUCCUCUUCUCCACUUUCGCGUUCUCGUCAACUUGGUUUCUACCUCAUUCCCAUGUCGCAUAAACCGACAAUGUACAAUGGGAAUCUCGACCCCGGAGUCACCAAAAUUAAUCAUCAACACAGGCGCUGACGUGCGCACAACCAUCGCUUGCUCCAGCCCCCGAGACAUUGCGUCCGGGCUGCAGCUGAUCAACCUCGUCCACGCGGAUCAGGUCGACGGCCGUACAAUUUUGCUCCAUCGCCAUGAGCUUCGCGGCCCGUUUUGGGUUGGAUUACGGAGUGAGUGCACGAGUGACUAUACCGUAGGGGGCGUGGGGACCGGAUCAGGAAAAUGGGUUAGUCACCGGUGCUGUGGGGUAGGAGCUAGGUUGGAUCGCAAAAUUGUCUCUCGGCCUCGACGGUUCGCUGUGGUUAUCAACGGAACGAUUACACGAGCAGCCAUAUCACCGAGAGCGUGUAGACGAGAAUUUGGAAAUAAUCACCGUGCCUACUUCUGCUAUAAGACUCGUGGUGGCACACGCACAUGACAUUGAUACUUCUACACAUAAUCUGUCGAUCAGGCUCCACUGGGACAUACCUUUCGGUCUGAAACUCACCGCUACUCCACGUGCUAGCCUUAUGUCUUCCAAGUCCAUUCNGAGGU